UACCGACACUGUCAAAGUUGGACUUGUGUAUGUGGUUGGUGAAUAAGACUGUGGAGCCAUGGAGCGUAUAUCCUAUUGCCGUGAAAUUAAGAAUGAGUGAUUCAUUACAUUAUUCCGAUAGUAUGUUUUCAUUAGUUAAGUUGUAGUCAGUCAUACAAGGGGACAAAACGAUGAUCUAGUUCCAAGUGUGAAUGGGGAGCUAGAGCGAUCUCUUGGAAAAUUAAACAGCGAUCGAGUAAGUUCACUUUCGACCCGUAGACAUACUACAUACAAGGUGGUCGAGAAUUUCAUGGAUGUUCGGGAAUGAAACUUGUUGAGGACGAAGUCAGUUUUCCUCGCAUAAAAAAAAUGUGACAUCAAGCUGUGAUACUUGGAAACGGUAGACGAUGUCCGUCUGGAAAACAAUGAGUAUGAAUAAUGGGACUGGUGUGAGUAACUUGGAGUGGGAACAAUUUGCUUGAAAGUUUUGAUGAAAAACCUGAGUAGCUGUCGGCCUGAGUGAAUUGUGUGUAAACUUUCUCUAUGGUAGAAUCAUGGUAGAAUCAAGCAAAAGAAGUUGUGGCCAAGCCACUCUGUGAUUUAAUACUGGGAUCCAGUACUACAUGUUUGAACAGUGAAGUCUUUACGAGCAACAUUCUCAAAUGCUGCUGUUUGCUAUGAUGACCUAUACUUAAAUACUUGUGAAGACCCACGACAACCCGAACAGUCACUCAUCUUUUUUUAGGUCACCGGAUUUGGAUUAAUUACAAAAAACAAUGGGUCUUUUGUAUCCGGAUACAUUAAGGAGGUCAGGAAAACCGCCUGUGGCUGUUUGCCUCUUACUGCAUGUUUUCGUUAUGGUCUGUGUUGGAUUCGGCCUCUUGGCCGACGGGGCAGGCCACUGCUUCAACUGCGAGGAGACAAUCAUGGACUGCGACAUGGACCGUCAAAUCUGCCGUAGUCGAUGCGAGAAGAAAGUCCCCUGCAAAACGGAGGACUCGUACUGCUCGGUGACCACAUGGUCUCCCUCCGGGAACGCCACGGAUAGUGAGGGAAGAACGCAGCUCUCAGCUGCUCUAAUGUGCUACGAAAUAGCCGUGCCGCUCCGUGAGAGUGACAUUACCACGCACUUCUGCGGGACCGUCGACGAAGAGGGUUGGUUCCCCGAUCACUCGUGCAUAUGUACCCACGACUACUGCAACGACGCCAUCUACCUUCCGGGGUCCAAACAACCCGAUUUCCCCACCUCGGGUGUCUCGGGGAGUACGGCCAAACCAACUCGACCGGACUUGGAGCAGAAGACGCCGUCCGUAAAACCCUCAACCAAAGAGGUUAAUGACGCAGAUGGCGGUGGAGGCAAAGGAAUAAAUGUCGCCCACCUGGUUGGCAUCAUUGGAGGGUUGUUGGUCCUCGUGGCUAUAACGACUGUAGGAAUUGCUGUCGCCUACACCUAUGUCAAACGCCGCAAAAAUGACCGUAAGGUCAACCCUCCCACUAGCAAUACAGAGAGCACCAGCCUCGAUCUGACCACCGAGGACAGUGACGUCAAGGUCAUAGGUCAAGACACCCCGCCCGAGAGCCCCGUGCACAUGCGCGGGAACUACCUGCCAAUAACGCUGAGCAAUGUCAUCGGUAGAGGGCGUUUCGGUGCCGUGUGGAAGGCUGAUAUGAAGCACGGCGACGUGCACACGGAGAUGUCGGUAGCCGUGAAGAUCUUCCACGAGGUCGACUCGGGAUCGUGGAACGUGGAGAAAGAACUCUUCACAGACGCUACCGUGAUGCUGAAACACGACAACGUGGUGGAGUUCAUCGCGGCCGAAGUUCGGCAGGGCAGCUACGAUUCCCAGCGCCAGUUCUGGCUGGUGACGCGCUACUAUCAAAAAGGCUGCCUCUACCAGUACCUGAAACACCACACCGUGAGCUGGCAGGAGUUGUGCCGUCUCGCGGGGACCACGGCCCGGGGUGUUGCGCACCUACACGCGGACGUCUACGGUCCGGCCGGACUCCAUAAGAUACCGGUGGCGCACCGGGAUCUGAAGAGCUCCAAUGUGUUGGUGAAGGAUGACGGGACGUGUGCAGUAGCAGACUUUGGUUUGGCUAUUCACCUCGAUCCCACAUUGUCCAUCGAUCAGCUGGCAAACAGCGGACAGGCUGGUACCCCGCGCUACAUGUCGCCAGAGGCACUGGAGAGUAAAGUCAACUUACACGACGUGGAGUCAUUCAAGCAGAUGGACGUCUACUCGCUGGGUCUUAUCGUUUGGGAAAUUGCCGCCAGGUGUCACGUGUCUAAUGUGGCUGCUGCUGAGGAGCACCGGACACCGUUCAGCGAUAUUAUCCCUGGACGGGCGAGCGUCGAUGAUAUGAAGACGGUCGUUGCAAUGCAGAAGGAGAGACCCGUUAUACCGCCCUCAUGGCAUGAAAACACGGGCAUGCAGCUGGUCGCCGGCACAGUUGAGGAUUGCUGGGACGGAGACCCGGAGGCCAGACUAACUGCUCACUGCGUGGAGGCGCGCUUCACGGAGCUUAUUACGUGGGCAGAGGGUGAACAGAACCCGGGCCACAACGACACCCACACCAUUACUGUAGUAUAGACAGGGGUCUGGGUGAAUUUAUGGAUCGAGUUCUGGCGUGUAUUCUUUGAUGCUCAAGAAUGUGCCCCUCCAACCCUUGCCAAUGUGCCCGCCUCCAUCCCUUGCCGAUGUGCCCCUUCAACCCUUGUCAAAGUGCCCCCUCCAUCUCAUUUGUCAAUGUGCCUCCCUUGCCAUUGUCAAUCUGCCCCACCAUACCUUGCCUGUAUGCCUCUCUUGCCAAUGUGCCCCUCCAUCUCAAUUGUCAACUUGCCUCCCUUGCAGUUGCCAAUGUGCCCCAUCCCUAUUGUCAAUGUGUGUGUCCCUUGCCAAAAUACCCUUACUUCUAGAGAACAGGUCAGGCCAACCCGGUAAAAAAAAAGAAACCCUUCUUCGUAAACAGUUUUACGACGCUCCGGACCUGUAUGCUGUAACGUUGGUAACAAACGAACACGAAAUGUGAAUCUAGACUACUUCAUUUGUACGUUUGCAACAAUAUUCAGUGUUCUGCACAAUGUAGGCUGGUUGGGACCCCACGUUUAAAGAACACAAAGUAUCCAAUACAGAAUUGAAGAAAAGCCCUGGCAACGACAACAACGUGUUUUUUAUGACACUAAACAAACAAAUACACAACUUCACAACGUGCAGUCUUUCCUACACUUAUUUUUAAUAGACAUUGUUGUAAUAACUUGUUUGCUUGCAUUCCCAACGAAUUGUGGAUAUACAAGUGCCGGGCUAAUCCAGGCUGCCCUGUUACACCAUGGCUACUAUACUUGUUAAAUAGAAAUGUAUAUAUGUUUUAGUUGAAUAUAGGGCGAAUAACUAAUUCGACACCAAAGUGGAGGCAAUUUGCAACUUGGUUUAAAAUUAGUUUGGGAAAUUAUAAUAUAACUGGAAUCCAUUAAAAAAAAAAAAACAUUGCACAGGAUAACAAUGGUUAGGUUCAAUGUUUAUUAUAGGCUGAAUUCCUGACACUGUCGCAGACGGAAACUUCCAAAGUAUUUUCAGCGAUGUAUUUGAAAGAUACUUGUUUUAUUGGGGGAGAGGGGGGGGGGACGACACACACAAUGAAUACUUUUUACAAGCAAUGCUUUACCAUGUCUUUUGCUAUUUUGCUAUGACUCCUUUUAUAAUGUGUUUAGUCAUGCCCCAUCAAAAAAAAUGUACGAACUUCAUUUUAUGUUUCGGUACAAAAAAUAGCAUCCGGAACUUGUUAAUACAAUUUUUUCGCUGUGAACUGUAAAUACGCGUUUUUAGACAAUUUGUAUAAAUAAUUAUAAAUAAGUGCAAUAAACAAAAUAGCUGUAGAUUGAAACCCUAACAUUUUCAUAAGCUUUAGAUUUUUGUUUUGCCAAACAAUGAGUAUAUUAUUUUAAUAAUGUAUGAAAAUGGACCAUAGAAACUAAACAAUUAGAAAAUUUUGUUUACGAAUCAAACAAAACAACUUUGACCAAUUAAGUAAUAUCUUCUCAUAAAGCCAUGUAAUUGACAACACUAAAAUAUGUCUCUCUAUGCAUGAAAACAAUUUGUUUACAGCACAUAAUAAGACCAACAACUUUUAUGCAAAAACUGACUAAAGUUAGAGUCUUUUAUCACAGAUAUUACCCAACGAUGUUAUGCCUCGCUGCAUGGUUUAUUGCAGUAUAUUAAUACAUGUAUGUUUUUACUGUUUAUAAGCACAUUUAAAGUCAGACAUUUUCGUUUUAGAUCGAGGAUGAUAUGUACACAAAUAUCAGAUUACCAUUUUAAAUUAUAAGGUAUAUUAUUUUAAAUAUGGAAAUAGUUUUGUUUUCUUUUCUUAUAUUGCCAAGUGUGUGUAUACAAAAACAGUUUGCCUAAAAAUUAUCAAUUGUAUAUUGUCUAUGCAGAGGUAGUGAGCACUAUAGUAGCAGUUUUGCCUUAAGUGUACAAUAUAUUGACUUAAAAAGAAUAUAAUAUCAAUUAUUUUGUACCUAUCGUGACUUAUAUGCAGACAGCAUGUCAAAUGCAGCAGGUUCUUCGAUACUAUCAGAUAUCUUAAAGGCACUGGACACCUUUGGUAAUAAUAUAAGGAUAAAGGCCAUUAUUCUCACUUUAGUGUAUCCCAACAUAUGCAUAGAAAUGACAAAUCUGUGAAAAUGUCGACUCAAUUGGUCAUCGAAAUUGCAA